GUCACAGUUGAAAGUGAAAGAAAGCCCGACUACCGCGUUUGGGCAGGAAAUAAACCCGCUGACGCAUUGCCGAACUUCAUCCAUUCUUUAUUUCAGUCCCAGUUCGACUUCUUUUUAUUUUAUUUUAUUGUUUUAUACUUCACAAUCCAGCCGAUUGAACGAUGCUGAGCUCGAGCUCACAGGUUGAGGCACCGAGUGGAGGUUUCUGCUUUGAGAACGCGCGCAGAAAUGCGGUAUUGGAGGCUGGUCUGUCGGAGAAGGGCUACAGCGCUCCAAAAGCCCGGAAGACUGGCACCACUAUCGGUGGGAUCAUAUUCAAGGAUGGAGUUAUCCUCGGCGCUGACACUCGGGCUACUGACGACAUGGUCGUGGCCGAUAAAAACUGCAUGAAGAUCCACUACAUUGCACCCAACAUAUACUGUUGUGGAGCAGGCGUGGCAGCAGACGCUGAGAUCACCACCCAGAUGAUGUCGUCAAACAUCGAGCUGCAUUCUCUCAGCACGGGACGUCCUCCUCUCGUCGUCACUGUGACACGGCAACUCAAACAGUUGCUGUUCAGGUAUCAGGGACACAUCGGUUCGUCUCUCAUCGUCGGAGGAGUGGAUGUUGACGGCUUCCAGCUCUUCAGCAUCUACCCUCACGGCUCCUAUGAUAAACUGCCCUUCGCCGCCUUGGGUUCUGGAGCAGCUGCAGCCAUCUCUGUGUUUGAAGACCGAUACAAACCCAACCUGGAGCUGGAGGAUGCGAAGAGGCUGGUACGUGAUGCCAUCGCCGCUGGGAUUUUCUGUGACCUGGGCUCUGGUAGCAACAUUGAUCUGUGCGUGAUCACAGACAAAGGAGUAGAUUAUCUGCGGGGCUAUGACCAGCCUGUACAGAAGGGCCAGAAGGAAGGCAAGUACAUCUACAAGCAAGGAACCACACCAGUGCUGACGAAGACGGUCACGCCACUCACGCUGGACGUCGUGGAUGAAUCUGUUCAGAUGAUGGACAGCCAGUGAAGCUCCACUACAUGUUGCUUGUUGCUUUAUUCUUCUUUUUUAACUGUUUAUGGAUGAGGAAUUACUAUCGUGCAUUUAAGCCUGAGUAGGCGUUUCAUUUCUCUGACAUAAAUAAAUAAAUAUGAUUUUAAAAAUA